CCAACGGACCAGGCCACAACUGUGCGUUGCGGCGUCGCAUCGCAAAAAUCAACGACGCCGCACAACGCAUCGUGGAAAAUCCGAUGCGCUGCGCAACGUACAAAUCUGCGAUGCGACAACGCGUUGCCGUUUAGUCGGUGUCCAUACUUUGAACGACCUGCACGUGUUUUUUAAGCGAUAUGGCGGAGUACGAUGUCGACCACCUGAUAUCUUUAAUUUACGAACGUCCCGUCCUUUGGGACAAAACUAUAUCACAAUUCAAAGACAAAAAUUUAAAAACAGAAGCAUGGAGGGAAGUGUGUACAAGUUUAUAUUCAAAUUUUGAGGAGUUAAAUACUGUUGAAAAAUCAAAAAUCGGUAACGAUGUCAUAAAAAAAUGGAGAGGAAUCAAGGAUAAUUUUACAAAAUACGAAAAAAAAUUAAACGAGCAAUGUAAAUCCGGAGCUGGGGCCAAAAAAAUUAAACAAUAUCAUCUAUACGACCAGCUCCUAUUUCUGAAAAAGAAUUUUCAAAAUAAAACAACAUCAAGUCUUGACGAUGAAGAAAUAAGACCAAGCACCUCAACCCAACAAAGCCAGCAACCUGUCAUGCCACGUUACCAGCCUGCAUCGCGUAAAAGAAAAAUUGACGAAGACGAAUUUGAGAAGAAUAUUAUAGCUGCUUUAAAAACACCUGAAAGUAGACAUUUAUCUUUUUUUAAAGGAAUUUUGCCAUCAUUGGAAAAAUUGAAUGAUAAUCAAACAAUAAUUUUCCAAAGUCGUGUCCUACAGAUAUUAACUGAUUUACACCAACCAUCAUACUAUCCCAGCCACUAUCAAACUUCACAAACAUCCGUCCAAGCAAACUAUCAAACAUCUCAAACAACUGUUCAGACUGGCUAUCAAACAGCUCAAAUGUCUAUGCAGAGUGGCUACCAAACAUCCAUUCAACGCAGUGCCUUCCAAAGCGGAUGCGAAACAUCACCGGCGCCUAUGCAAUCGUCUCCACAAACGCCAAGGAAUGAUGAUGUAAAUGAGCCAGAACAAAUUAAUUUCGAUGAGGAACUAACAAAUUUGACGAAUGACACACAAUCGGAUUACGAGUUUUGAAUAACACUAAAUUGUGAAAAUGAUUAAACAGUAUGAUUAUAGUAUAAAUAGUUUAUUUUUUUCUUACCU